GGCUCCCUCGCUCUGUCUGUGAUGCUGCAGCUCCUGUACUCUCCUCAGUCUCCAGUAAACAGCAGUCAUGGCGACAGUGGUCCAGCCGCUCACAUUGGAAAGAGAUGUUGCCCGAGCUAUCGAGCUGCUGGAGAAGCUGCAGGAAUCAGGGGAUGUUCCUGGUCAUAAGCUGCAGUCUCUGAAGAAGGUUCUGCAGAGCGAGUUUUGCACAGCAAUCAGAGAGGUCUAUCAGUACAUGCACGAAACGAUUACUGUGAACGGCUGCCCGGAGUACCAGGCGAGAGCCACGGCUAAGGCCACGGUCGCAGCCUUCGCAGCCAGCGAAGGUCACUCGCACCCCCGGGUGGUCGAGCUUCCCAAGACAGAGGAAGGGCUCGGCUUUAACGUGAUGGGCGGCAAAGAGCAGAACUCCCCUAUAUACAUCUCCCGCAUCAUUCCCGGAGGAGUGGCCGAGAGGCACGGCGGCCUAAAACGAGGGGAUCAGCUGCUGUCUGUCAACGGCGUGAGUGUCGAAGGAGAGCAUCACGAGAAGGCGGUGGAGCUGCUGAAGGCGGCCAAAGACAGCGUGAAGCUCGUGGUGCGCUACACGCCCAAAGUGCUCGAGGAGAUGGAGGCUCGCUUCGAGAAGCUGCGCACGGCCCGGCGGCGUCAGCAGCAGCAGCUCCUGAUGCAGCAGCAGCAGCAGCAGAACCUGGCCGCUCAGCAAAACCACAUGUCGUAGGUUGUUCCAGAAGAAGAAGAAGUAAAAGCGCCGAAGGGUGGAUCCGAGAGAUCACCUGCACGCGCCGAGGAUCCCAAAGGAAUCUCUUUGUACCGGAGGAAAAAAAUCAAAAUCAACAAUAAGACUCUCUUGACCUCCUCGCGCUCCCUUCCAGUGAACCACCGAUUACUGAGCAAAGAGAGAAUUUGGUGUGAAACUGGUGCUUUGACACACACACACUGAACGUUGUCCAGUUUAACUUUGUACUUCCUUUUCUAGUUUUCUGUUCCCCAGUUGUGGAUUCCCAAAGCUCCCUUUCUUGUGUUUGUCGUCAGUCUUAUUUUCCCCCCCGUUAUUCAUUUUUUAAUCCCUCCAUCCGAUAUGCAGUAGAGCUUCUGCCGUUUUUUUUUUUUUUUUGCCAUAGAUAUCAUUUGUACCGUGGUGUUUCUAUCAAAAUUCCUCAAUUCUGGUGCUUGUGUCUCAUGAAUGAUUUCUCGUCCCGUUUUUUCGAUACACAGUUUUUUACCUUCUAUACUGUAGCAAGAGAAGAUUUUAUAUCUUGUAGUUUUAGCAAUAAAACAACACAUUCGUCGGCUCAGUUCCUGAUUAAAGACAUGCGCAGAGUUAAUGCGGGGUUGAAUACACAGCAAAGCAAACAGUCUCGUUUACUGUAAGGCAGCUUCCACGUUCAAAUCCUCUGUACCCUCUGAAGAGAUUAAUGGUUGGUUUACUGGCAGCAUGUACAAUUAUGUGCAAUAAUUAUGAAUAAAUGAAUAAUCCCACCUGAAAUUUAGCUAGAAAAUAUGUACCAAGAGAUUAUGUCCAUCCUCUGUUCCCGACAGAUAAACAGAAUGUCAUCAAAUUCCUCAGAACAUGCUAGAAUUAUGUUUAUUUUUCUGAAUAUUGUAUAUUAGAUUAGAGAGCAAAAGUAAAGUUUUAUCAUUUCAUGUAUAUUCUUUGUUAAACAUACAGAUUAUUAUUUAAAAUAUGUUUGUUGUGUAAUAUUAGUGCAUAGAUACGGAUGUGUAUUUCCCACGGUUUUUAAAGAAUCUUUAAACAACAGUGUGAGACUGAGUGGAAGGUAGUUCUCGGCCUCUUUAAAAUGAUUUUUUUUUUUUUUUUUUUUAUCUAAAAGUAUCUAAAUUACAAAGAUAAAGUGGAAACCUUUCCACUAGGCCUGUCUUCACUUUUGUUUUUUUUCCUUUGCUGCAAAGUGCUCCCAUGUUUUGUCCAAUUUUACCUUUUAUUAUAUUAUAUCUUUUAUAUCAUAUUACUAUAUAUCUUUAUUAUAUAUUUUAUUAUAUUUAUUAUGAAUAUUAUUAUUUGUUAUGUUUUCCAUUUCCUGUUGUUGGAAAUCUUUCCUUUCAUUCGCUGACCAUGCGAGCUUGCCUCUGGGUUUUCUGUCAGACGAUUAAUUACAAAACAAAUCCUCCACUUUUAAAAGAAUCCCUUUCUAAACAUGUUUUGCAUAAUCAAUGAACACAUUUAAAAAAAAAAAAAAA